AUGCAUCAGUCAUGGUCAUCUGUGGCAUAUGGGUCUUCAAACGAAAUGUACAGGACGAACGAUGUCGGAGUGGCUCAUGAUAAACCCAACGCUUCAUGGAAGGAUAUUAUGUUUUUGUUGUUUUCCAUUGGCAUGGUGUUUGGGCCCCAUAUUGGAUAUGUAUUUCAGAUUCAUGAAAUGAGUUCCACACGGAAUGUGGAAGGAUACUCACCACUUGUGUCUUUAAUUUUAUUAGCUAGCAAUGGUAUCCGUAUUCUUUAUUAUAUUGGGCAUCAUUUCGCCUUGGCUCUUUUGUUUCAGGCAAUGUUUGCUAUUCUUGUGCAUACAGUGCUUCUUAUUAUGGUAUUGCACAUGACAAAAAACAUCUCUAGUGGUUCAGAGGAACAUUAUUCCGGCGGUGGCACUUUGUCGAUGCAAGAAACUACCGCUGCCACCGUUCCUGCUGUAGAGGUCAAUGGAGAAGAGAUCGGUACGUGGGAGGAAAUUCACGUGAAGACAAACCCAAUCCGAUACAUCUUGACAAAAUUGGACGCCGGUGCAUGUCUUCUUGAGAAAAGGUUUUUUUCUUUAUCACCACCAUCUUUUAUCCGGCGGUACGUUUUAUGGACAUUGCUGACCACUAUUGUUGUACUUCUUUAUUAUGCAACUAUUGGGACUGUGUGGGGUGCGGCACCGGAGGUUGUUGGCUACAUUGCAUUAGGUAUUGAAGCGUUACUUGUGCUUCCACAAAUCCUACGUAACCACCGUCGACAAUCCACGGAGGGGUUAACGAUUAUGCUUGUAUUGACAUGGUUUUUGGGCGAUAUCAUUAAAGUGAUUUAUUUCCUUGUUGAUCACCAGCCAUUUCCUUUUAUUCUCUGUGGGAUUUUUCAGUUAUCUCUUGAUCUCGUGGUCAUUGGGCAGCUCAUAUAUUUUCGCAUGCGGCGCAGGAGCUCUGCGAUCCGAGUGAUGCCAGCGACACGUGAGGACCACACGGCGGAUUUGGAUCCGGUCGAGGCGACUCCAAACGUGGAGAAAAUAUAA